GCCCGGAUUUUGUUGUGUGUGAUGAAGGUCAUAUACUAAAAAAUGAAGCUUCAGCUGUAUCCAAAGCUAUCAAUUUGAUUCGUUCAAAAAGACGAAUUAUUUUAACAGGAACACCUCUACAAAAUAAUCUAACGGAAUAUCACUGUAUGGUUAAUUUUGUCAAAGAGAAUCUUCUUGGUUCUGUUACGGAAUUUAGGAAUCGAUUCAUAAAUCCAAUUCAAAAUGGCCAGUGUGCAGAUUCCACCACGACAAAUGUUCAAGUAAUGAAAAAGCGUGCCCAUAUUCUCUAUGAAAUGUUAGCUGGCUGUGUUCAGAGGAAAGAUUGCACAACAUUAGCAGAGUUUUUACCACCCAAACAUGAGUAUGUAUUAGCAGUAAGAAUGACUUCUAUUCAGUGCAAGCUUUACCAGUACUAUUUGGAUCACUUCACAGGAACAGGAAGUACUAGAGAAGGAGGAAGAGGAAAAGGAGGAACAAAACUCUUCCAGGAUUUUCAAAUAUUAAGCAGAAUUUGGACUCAUCCAUGGUGCUUACAGCUGGACUAUAUUAGCAAAGAAAACAAGGUAAAUUAGAUAUUCAUACUUAAGUAUCUAUUUAGUAGUCUGAUUUCAUUCCAACU